AUGAGCGACACCGAUGUCAUUGUGGACAUCUCUACGCUCUUGCAAGCGCCUUCCACGGACCAAACCAUCUCAUCAUCUACUCAAGAUUCUUCUCUUGUGUCUUCUUCUUCCAACGCAAUUCUUACCGUUUCGAACAAGGCAGUAGUUACCUCACAACAUGGACACAGUCACGGCCACUCGCACACUUGUCAGCAUAAUUCCCAUGAUUCUUUACCUGAGAAGCAAUUGCCACUGACUCCAAUCGAAGAAAUGUUUGCAUGCGCGAAACGCAAUGAUCUGGCGCAGUUUGUACUGCUUGUGGCUCAAUACGGCGACGAAUUGGCACGUGAGCGACGAGAUGCACAAGGCCACACGAUCGCUCAUUGGGCGGCGCAGAAAGCUGACGGGGAGUUCCUGUACUAUUUGAAUUCUAUAGGAGCACCUAUAGAUUCUCCAAGUGAAGAUGGGAGGGCCCAGUUGCACCCGAUACAUUGGGCCUGUGCAGCAGGAAAUUUGAGUGCGUUGAGGACACUCGUGCUGAGACUUGGGGUGGAUAUCAACCAGUGCGACGCUAAGAAACACCGCUCGCCAUUACUGGUAGCAGCGCAGAACGGACAUCCAUUGUUGGUGCUGUUUUGUGUGAGAAAUGGAGCAGAUGUGACGCUCGUCGACGAUGAUGGAGACACGGCAGUACAUUGGGCAGCGUAUAAAGGAGCGACGGAGAUUGUAGCAGUGUUUCAGUAUCUUCAAGUAAGCUCUGACGCACCGGACAAGUUUGGUCAAACCCCUUUGCAUCUUGCAGCAAUGAGAGGAGAGUUAGAUACGGUGCAGUUUUUAGUAGAGACUCUUGAUGCAGACGUCAUGGCAUUGGAUGCGAAAAAACGAACACCGAGAGAUCUGGCGCAAUUAAAGCAUUUUUGGGAAGUUGUACGAUACCUUAAGCAGCAUGAAGUGCGAGUUGCGGCGUGGAACAUUGCUGCAUUUACGUGGUGGUGUGAUCCUGGCAGUCGGGCUCCGUACUACUUCACAGUACUUAAUGCGGUGGCCACCGCGCUAAUUUAUCUGCUCCUCGUACUGCCAGCAAUGCCAGAUAGACGCAAUUUUAUAGUGCCACAUUUAGCAUGGGAUGCAGUGACCUGGUACUUCUUCUAUCGCACUGUAACGACCAAGCCCGGUAGUGCUCCAAACGACAAUGAGGAGUAUGCAAUAGCGUACAAGAAGGUCACCGAAGCUCUCAUUGGCGGCGACGAUGGCGACGGGGAAGAGGAAGACACGAAUAAAGAGAGUGCCAGUGCGCGUGCUCAGCGUGAAUGUAUGGAGCGCCCGUUGUGUCACACGUGCCACAUCCAGAGACCUGCCAGAUCCAAGCACUGCCGCAUUUGCAAAACUUGUGUCCCUGUUUUUGACCAUCACUGCCCAUUUGUAGACAACUGCGUGGGACGCGAUAACUACGCAGCAUUUCUGUUAUUCGUCGUAUUCUUGGCCGUUGACCUGGUUGGAAUGGAAUAUGUUUUGUAUCUACUAUGGCGUUACCAUCACGACCUGCGCGUCUACGCAGUCGUGGGCAUGAUUUACCUGCUAUUGAUUUUGCUCCCAGUCGCCCAACUUGCGGGUUUCCACCUCUACCUCAUAGCUCGCAAUCGCACUACAAACGAGUUGCUUAAUGCGAAUCGUUAUCGUUUCCGGAGCGGGGGCAAUUUGCGUUCGUAUGACCGCGGCCUCAUUCGAAAUGUAGAGGAGCGCUGCUUUGGGCUUGGCGGAGAAGCUGAUGAGGAUGACGAGGUUGAAGCAAGGACCAAGCUUCUUGAUGAGCAGCUUGGCUCUGUUCCCGUCUAG